CCACUCCUAUCCACUGGCAGGGCCUGUUGCUAUCAAAGAAUCGGAGAGGAUUUCGUCAACACAAAGUGGACCGCGGUACUAGGAGGUUUGCCAUGCGUUCUAGGUACACCACCCUUAUAGGAACCCCGUCCUCAUAAUAUCCUCAUCCCCCGCCUACCCACCAAUCUCUUUCGACCGUAAGGUUCCGCACCCGCGAAGAUGGUCUCUUCAAUACUGAGCCGUGGCAUACUACUUCUGUUAUUCGGCUUUGUCAACUGUCUUCAGGUUACGCCAGGGUCCCCGUGUGCUGCAGUGUGCUUAGAUCAUCCGGAUGACGACGCACAAAACCCGGCAGCAUCUUCAACAAAUUCGUCAGAUAUCGCUUGUCUAGAUAGCGAAUAUGGCUCUUCGCCAGCGGGUAUCAAGUUCAAGAACUGUCUCAGUUGUCUAAAGGACAGCAAGGCUGUAAGCGGCUCUGAGAGCGAUGUUUCUUGGUUUUUAUACAACUUGAGAUAUGCCGUCGACGUAUGCGUUUUUGGUUCUCUAAACGCCCUCAAAACCAUCUCAACCCCGUGUGACAUCGACUAUGGAUGUGCUCCUUUGGCUGAGUCGCUCAAGUAUGGCAUUUCAAACCUUAAUAAUGCAUCGGAAUUUGGGUAUUGUACAGCAGGAAACGGCGCAUUUAAAAACGAAUCUGUUGAAGCAUGUUAUCAAUGCUUUCAAGCAAGUGAUGACCAGGUUUACUUAGCUAACUUUCUCAUUGCUCUGCAAGCUGGUUGCGAACAGACACCCGCACCGGGUAGCUUACUUGGUAUAUCGGGAACGCUGUUCUCUGAUACGCCAAUCAAAGUCACUGCGCCGCCGACCGACGACAACGACAACGACGCAAACACGUCGAAGACUGAUGACUCGAACCCGACGUCGAUGACGACUGGUACUAUUGUAGGCAUCGCUGUUGGAGCUGCGCUGCUAUUUUUGGGUGGCCUAGGACUCUUUAUAGUUCAUCGCCGUCGCGAGAAGAGGGCUCGAGAACGCAAUGCCCUAGGCUCAGACUACGAUCCUCGAGGAGGAAGUGGCUCUAUCACAGCACCAAGUAAAGGAGCCUUUACAGCUUACGAUAGUAGACCCUCCGUGUCCAUGAUAAGCGGUUACGAACUUAACGCUCAGCGGGCAUACAUGAACGACGCAAAUUACUACGACUCCCUGGAAAAGGAGAUAGCGGCGCGGCGGGCAAACUACAGCCUGGAUCCACGACAGCUUCCUACCCACCCUGCGUACAUUCCCGGAAACGUGAGCCGAGGUCCUUCCAGGGCAGCUUCUCCAGCGCCCCCGGCGGCUGUGAAACAUCACGUGCCGGACUCUUACGCCAUGCAGCAAUAUCUGAAUGCGGUCGAAGACAUUGUUACGAUACCCAUCCCGCCACCACCAUCGUCGCACCCUCCGUCUCGAACUUCAAACCGGUCACCCUCUCCAACGGACUCCGCAACAGCGAGACUUAUAAGGAACCCCCAACCGGUACCUCACCCCCCGCCCCCGCCCCCUCCGGCUCGCCACAAUAAGGUCCCGUCGCUGUCGAUGCCAUCGGUACCCCGCAUCAAAAUACCGAGGAAGUACUCUCCGCCGGUAAUAUCCGUACAGGGCGCAACGCCCGUCGACACACAAGAGAACCAGCCUGCUACCGGUAACGCGCAGACAUCAAAGCCGCUGACGAUCCACGAACGGCGGUUCCACGAUCGCGGCUUGUAUAUUACGACUGCCGCAGACAUCCAGGGGUAGCAAAUAGCGCAUCUCAACCAGCCACCGCGGCUGAGAGAAGAAGAUAUAAAUGAGAGAGCCGGGGAAGACGAGAGAGGAAGGCAACUCUUUCUACGAUUAGAGGUGUAUUAUGUACGAUUCAUGCAUCGGGUGUAUACAUCUGCAUAGAUACCCAGGGAAAAAUGUUCUGGUUAAUAUUAGGAACGGCGUUUUUAAUUUGGGAUGCUUCGCUUGAGACGAGGCGUAGGCAGGUAGAUUACUGGAACGGCAUGAUAUCGAUGGGGAA